ACUAGGGGUUUUUGUGUAACAUAAAUUCAGCUGAUAUUUUUUUGUUCACAGAUUUUAUCGAAUAUUCGAAUCGUUCUGAACGUUUGAAACGUCGAAAUAUUGUAAUAUCUUUAAUCUCCGAGUUUGGGGCUAUCUAACGUUUUGCCGUCGGAAACAUUCCCGACGUAAUUUUCAUUCUGAAGUUUGACGUUGAGAGUUAAACGAUGUCCAUUAAUCGAGAAGAAAUUCUGGCCGAUUUUCAGGCUUGUACUGGUAUUGAAGAUGUGGGAGAAGCAUUCAUGCACUUGGAAGAUGCAAACUGGGAUUUAUCGGAUGCCGUGUAUCGUGUGCUCCCACAGGGCAGCCAAGAGUUGCCGUCAAUGCCUCUAUUGGAUGAUAGUGUCCAGGUGAUAGGUGAAACAAGUUCAUCCUCAGGAUUUCAAGCUACCAGACCUCCCUCCUUACCACCCAAUUUAGCUCAAUUGUUGCAACCAGCACCUUUAGCGUCCAUGAGCAGAGAAUUCCUCCCAAGACGAACAAGAAUACUCAACUUCUCUAUAGUUUUAAAUGAUAAGACAACCAAUAUUGCGAUCCCAGAAACUGAAGCUGUCAGCAUGAUCAAGACUUUGGUGAGCUCAGAACUUGACAUACCAGUCUGUAAACUGGAAUUGUCAGGUUGGAAACUAGACAGGCAACCCAGGGAUACUACUAUUUUGGAAACACUUCAUCUUCCAAAACAGAAUACCUUGUACUUGUCCAUCAAUUCAGAUGAUAGAGAUGCUGCUACUGAAGAGAGUGUUUCUCGAAUGACCCAAACCUACAGUCUUAACAUUUAUGACGUUACGCACAAUCGGCCACAUAUAGUCAAUUUCCCUGGAACAAAGACAUUAUUAGAAGUCAAGCGUGAUGUAUCGGAUCUGACCAACAUCCCGGUACGCAAUCAGUCUUGGAGUGGUUGGCCAUCACAACUAACAGACGAUGUGAUAUUAGGAGCGUCUGGUAUCAGUUUAGUUCAUGACCUAACUGUCAAGGAAUUGGUGAAAGAAGUGAAUCGCCCACCAGAAGUAGUACCUAUACCAGGAGGCAGUAACAGUGAACCUCUCUCGGAUGAUGGGAGCACAGCGGACGAGUACGAAGACGCAUCAGACGUCGUGAUGGAAGACAUGUUUCUUCGUGAAUUGACACCCUCUCGCCCACAGCCGCUGAUGCCGGAAGGGAUUGAGGAUGAAGCGAUGGCGGCUAUCCUCUUCGCCGAGGGGUUUGCACAUCGUUACGGACCAUGUCACCCAAUAUUCUUCCCCGGUUCGCUAGACGAUGCCAUGAAAGAAGCCUGUCAUCAGCCAGCCCGCGAUAGAAAGCUACUUGCUGUAUACUUGCAUCACGAUGGUUCCGUCUCGAGCAACGUCUUUUGCACGCAAGUUCUUUGUUCCGAAUCCAUCGCAUCUUUCCUCACGGCCAACUUUAUUCUCUGGGGUUGGGAUCUGACAGCUACCUCUAAUCGACAACGGUUAUUGAAUACUAUUGCCCGACACUUUGAUAGUCUGGCUUCUAGGACGCUCAGGAAUUUCGAAGUGGAUAAGUUGCCCCUGCUGCUAAUUGUGACCCGUAGUCGCGCCACGAACGAAGUCCUGGCCAUGAUUCCAGGCAGCCUCAACGUGGACGAAAUGAUGACACAGUUACUUCACGCCGUCGAAAUGUUUAGCGAACAACAGCGGGUGGAAAUAGCCGAGGAAGAAGAGCGCUCGGCAAGAGAGACGGUUAAACGAGAGCAAGAUGAAGCCUACCAGCUGUCUUUAGAAGCCGAUCGAGCCAAAGAAGAGUUGAAACGACAAGGAGAAGCAGUUAAGCAGCGACAAGAGGAGGAACAACGUGUGAAACAGGAACAAGAGAAGAGAUUAAUUGAAAUCACCCAGCAACAAAAGGAAAUGCUGAGACAGGAAGUCCUAAAGCGAUUGCCAGCAGAGCCUCCUGCCGACCAACCUGCUGGAAGUACUACAUGUAUUCGCUUCCGUCUACCCGAAGGGAAAACGUCCACCCGCCGGUUCUUGGCCGAUGAACCUUUACAAGUCCUGCUAGAUUACCUACUCGUUGAAGGUUUUCCCCACAGCGAGUACAAAGUCCUAUCCAGUUGGCCGCGCAAAGAUCUCACAGCCGUCGAUUUGACGGAGACUCUGCGUCAACUCAAGUUGGUGCCACAGGAAACGCUCAUCAUCGAAGAGCGGUGAAUACAAUUUUAAGGGAGGAGCUCUUCGGAUGUCGGCCCAACGUUCCAGUUGUGCUCUCGAUAUUUCAAUUCAAUUGAGUUUAAAAACAAAGUUAAAAAUUAAUUUCACAUGCAACAUCCCUCCCACUCCCUCUCCUCCUCCUCCUCCUCCUCCAGGUUCCGUUCGGUUUACUUUUAUUUCCUUCAGUUUCCCUGUUGUCUUGUGUUUCAGAUUAAAAUAAGAAAUUGUAUUAGCCGCACCCAAGAUUACAAGAAGAAAAAUACU